AUGUUUUUGAAUGCUAUUAGCGUCUCAUACGUUACCAUCCGGGCCCAGAUGGGAGAGGCGGCCCGCCGUGAGGCCGCCGCUGAGUUCGCUGACACCCGAUCUUCCUGCCGCAUCCUGCUCACAUCAUACCAAUGUGGGGCACAUGGGCUCAACCUCCACGCGGAGUGCGGUGGGACGCGUCCAAGCCAGAAGGUGUGGUCCAUCUUCCAAGAGCAUACCAUAUCCAGAUGGUUGGAGUGUAAUAACACGCUCAAAGCCCUCCCGCAAUUCUCAGCACAAUUACAUGAUCUACUGAAGUCUAUGGUUAUGGCAGCACAGGUGAAGGAUGACGGCGAAGACGAGGAAGCCGCCGACCAGGCCGAGGCCGAGGUCAUCCAAGCGGGCUGUGGUGGAUUGUCUCCGUCGUAUGCUCGGGCAGAUGACCUUGGCCUACCGCAGCUAGACCUGGACCGGAUGAACGCCCGCAUGACGCCUAGGGGCCGCAAGAGGGAGAGAGCAAGGCAGGAUUCACCAACUGAGGGCCGCGCGCGAUGA